CGUUGUUUUCAGCCGUUUGCAUUUAAAAUAAUUAGAAUUAUUUAAUUUUCCUGCUAAAUGAUUGAAUUAAAUGAGUGUGAUCGAACUAAUAGAAAUACAUCAUUGUAGUGUUAGUGUUUAAUGUAAUAAAACGAAAAGGAUUCGGUGCAAGAAAACAUCGGUACUGGCUUGUUUUUAUCUCAUUAAAUAAUAAAAAAAAAACACUCACUUGACGUUUUCCUGAGUAACGGCCAUCAAUGGAAAGACAUGAAAAAUAGUCCGGUAGGUGAGAAUUAAGAAAUAGGAUUAAUUUUAGCCAAGAUAAACUAGAUUUUGAUCAUAAUGACUGACCCGGAAACCAAGAGCACGAUAGAUACUGUACAGGUCGCCCUGAGGAUAAGGCCUUUGAUGCAAAAUGAGACUGACCGGGGAUGUGAUGAGUGUAUCGAAGUUGUGGCCGGUGAGCCUCAAGUGCAGAUAAAAGACCUGUGUUUUACAUACAACUAUGUAUUCGCUCAGCACAUCAAUCAGCAGGAAUUUUAUGACACAGCUGUUAAAGGACUCAUAGGCAAGCUGUUUCAAGGUUAUAAUGUAACAAUACUAGCCUAUGGUCAAACUGGCUCAGGAAAAACAUACACAAUGGGUACAAAUUAUUCCGGAUCUGAUGGGGAUUCCACUAAACUAGGUGUAAUUCCUCAAGCAGUUGCAGACAUAUUUGAUUACAUAGAUGCACACAAUGAUAAAUUUAUUUUCAAAGUGAGUGUAUCAUUCAUGGAGCUGUACCAGGAGCAAUGCUUCGACUUGCUCUCAGGCAAGGAGCGGGGACACAGUAUUAUAGAAAUAAGAGAAGACAUCAACAAAGGGGUUGUUCUGCCAGGUAUAACUGAACUACCAGUAACAACAACUAUGGAUACCAUGAUGGCACUUGAGCAGGGAUCUACCGGUCGAGUAACUGGAUCAACCGCUAUGAAUCAAGCAUCAAGUAGAAGCCACGCUGUCUUUACUAUCAUUAUAGCAAAGGAGAGCCGGACUGAUAAAAACCUAGCAACGACGUCUAAGUUUCAUCUUGUCGAUCUGGCUGGUUCAGAGCGGAUCAAGAAGACGAAAGCAGUUGGAGAACGCUUGAAAGAGGGUGUGAAGAUCAACCAGGGUCUACUGGCCCUGGGUAAUGUUAUAUCAGCAUUGGGAGAUGGCACCAACAGGAGUUUUAUUAGUUACAGAGAUAGUAAACUUACAAGGCUCUUACAAGACAGCCUCGGUGGUAAUUCCUUAACGCUAAUGGUAGCGUGCGUGAGUCCGGCCGAUUAUAAUUUAGACGAAACAGUAUCCACGCUCCGGUACGCGGACCGCGCUAGACGCAUUCGUAAUAAGCCCAUCAUCAACCAAGACGCCAGAGCGGCGGAGAUCCUUAGGUUAAAUAAAUUAGUGAACGAUCUUAGGCUACAAUUAAUUGGUAAAUCACCUACAGUCAAUGAGGAGAACAAUGAACAGUUACAAGAACAACUCGAAAGAGAGAAAUCCAAGUACGCUGAAUUACUAAAAAAACACAAACAGGUUACUGAGCACCUCGGGAAUAUGCUAAUAGAAAACACAAACUUGUGUGAAAAGGCACUACUAGCUGAAAUGGCCAAAGACAAAAUUGAACGUAAACUAAACGAAUUGACUGAACAAUGCAACCAGACCAUAGAGAAUUUGAGUACCACAGACUUUAUAAAUGACGAUAACGGACAAAAGACAAAUGUUAUGGAUUACCUAAAGGAUAUAAAGACGCGUUUAGAAGACUUACAGUCUGUCAAUAUGAAGACAGAGGAGGAUUUAAUAGACCAUGAGAUCAAGUUGUCGUUCGUGAAGAAUGACGGUGACAGUGAAAAAGGCGAGGAAGAGGUGAUGCUAAAUGAAGACCAGGCUGUUAUGGAAGAAGAGAAAAGAGCCAUGGGACAGGUGGCGCUGAACCAGGAACUGCAAGAGCUCAAUCGGGCCAUAGCCAUCAAGGCGUCCGUGGUCCAAGCUAUCAGAGCUCACAACCAAGAGAUGGUGGACAGCAAUAACAAUCUGAGAGAGAAUGAAGAACGGAUCUCACAGUUGGAGAAAGAGAAAGAGAAGCUUAUGCAGCUUUUAAAACAGACCAAGACCAAGGACCCAUCGCACGACGAACGUCGCAACAAAGUGACUGAAUUGGAAUCCCAAAUAUCGGAGCUCAAGAAGAAGUGCCAGCAACAAGCCAGUAUUAUAAAGACAAAGGAGAAGAACGAGUCGAAGAUGGCUGCCUUGAAUGCUGAGCUUAAAGCCAUGAAGGCUACGAAGGUUAAGAUAAUUCGUCAAAUGCGCGAGGAGAGUGAGAAGUUCCGCAAAUGGAAGGCCGAUAACGAGCGUGCGAUGUUACGGCUACGUAACGAAGAUCGCAAACGAGUCACGGCCAUGGCGAAGAUGGAGUCCUUGCACGCUAAGCAACAGAAUGUGCUCAAACGCAAGAUGGAGGAGGCAGUGGCUGUAAACAAGAGAUUGAAGGAAGCCCUAGAUAGACAAAAGCAGACAGCUAUGAAACGUAACGCAAAGGGAAAUGUAAAGACGGGCGCUAUACAACAAUACAUCGAACAAGAGCUCGAAGUUCACCUCAGUAUCGUUGAAGCUGAGAAGUCCUUGUAUGAGCUUAUGGAGUACAGGGCAUGGAUAACUAAGCAAAUUGAGACGCUUCACAACAAAUCGGACGACGAAGUCAACAGAAACAAGAUUGCCGAGCUCGAAGUUGAUCUGGCGCUGCGGAAGGCGCAGAUAUCCGACCUACAGCAGAAGAUUCUUACCGCUGAUCAAGAGAACAAAUCACGCACGCAAUGGGACAAUAUACAGUCAAUGAUGGAAUCCAAAGUUGCUCUAAAAUGCAUGUUCGAGCUAUUGGUGGAAGCGAAACGGGAGCUGAGCAAUCAGAGCGAGAAGGGCUACCAGGCCCGCUACGAGGAGAUCAAAGAGUCGUAUGACAGGCUCAUGGUUGAUUUUGAGAAUUGCAAGAUUGAAUACGAUCAGCGCCUGGCUUCGAUGAAAUCGGAGAAUGAACAAAAGAUAAGUGCGUUGGUGGCGCUGCAACGGGGUAUGGUGGGGCGUGGUGACCGCAGCGAAGCGUGCAAGCACCUGCAGAACAUGAUACAAGUGCAACAAGACCGGCUUGAAACGGUCGAGCAGGAGAAUAAAAAGUUAGUUGACGAGUUGGAAGAGCUCCGGAAUGCGAACAAAAAUGUCAAAAAGCGUUCCAAGAAAGAGAACGACGUGGUGAAGAAAAUUGAAUAUAUUCCCACGGACGAGGAGGAAGAAGAUGAUGAAGAUAAUGACAAGGAUCCGGAUUGGAGAGCCACCCCACUCUUCAAACGUAUACAGGCCCACCGUUCACGUUUGACGAUGAACUUCACACAAGCCGACACGACGGUCGACACGACCACGACACGGGCAGUGAAGCGUGGCAGCGAUGGCUCGCCCCACUGCACGUGCCGCGGGCAGUGCUCUACAAAGAUGUGCGGUUGCGUCAAAUCAGACAAAGGUUGUGACUCGACUUGCCGGUGCCAGCCGCAGCUAUGCAAGAACCGGCGAACGUCGUCCGAUACCGAAGACAAGGAGAACAAUCCAUCCAGCACCACAGGGUAUUCAUCAGAGACCUCACCACUUGCCUUCUUUGAUAAACGAGAUGAGUUUAACUCUACAUACGUAAAAAAGAAGAAAACAUUUUUUUUCCCCGAUGACGAAGUCGAAGCAGCAGUGAAAAUUGACUUCUAAAGACUGAAAAUCCUAUCGUGUGCAAUCGUGAUAUCGACGACAAACGCGAGAGUAGUUGUAAAGAUUUUAAAAAUGUGCCUUUAAUGAAAAUAUUGGAUGCCUAUAAAAUAAAAAUAAAACAAAUUGUGAAGUUUGUAUGUAUGUGGCUAUUAAAUACAAUAAAUUAUGAUCGUAAAUUGCAUGAAAUUUGUAUUUAACUGUCUUAUUUAAUUACUUAAAAUAAAGCUAUAUUAAUAAAUAUUUAAAAGUUCA